AUGGGUUCCUGUGUUAAUGAUGUCACGGAAUAUAUCGAUCAAUUAAUCGAUAAUUCUGACACUCGUGACAAAUUCCGUAGAAGACUCCAACUCCCGUUUAUACCACCAGAAGAACCUUAUUCGUUUUUUAAACAUUAUGAAACGAAUUGGGUUGUCUUUUUUGAGGCCCCGCGAAACCUACUUCUAAAUAAAAAUUCGGAAGGAUGGCUGAACUGCCAUAUUUUAACUCCGUUGAUCGACGACUGCUUCUUAACAUGUGAAGAAGUUCAAGUGCAUCGGGGUGAAGAGAUGUCAUUUGCAUCCAUUGAGCGUAAAAACUUGUCACGUGAAGAAUCGGAAAGGAAACAAUAUGGCCACAAAAUCGACAUUCUCUUUCGCAUCGAUGACACGGAAUACUUUGGUUCCGAAACGUACGUUGAUGAGGAUUCACAGAAUUCGAAACCGAUUUCCUACAAGCAAAAACUCCUCCGAGAGAUGAAAGAUCAGCUAGACCGCCUCUUAAAGAGAUUACAUUUUACAAGGGAAACAGCCAGGGACAUAAAGAAUAUUAUUAUACAUGGAAUAAAUCAAGGAGGUUUAAAUGGAAAAAUAUAUGCAAUGUAUUAUGACGUUGACCUUCAAUAUUAUUUCGCCUAUGAGACGUGUCGGUAUCGCAUCGGCACUACGUGGGGUAGUAUUCCGGAUAGCCUUGCAACUUUAAAAGACAUUCUGUGUUUAAAGAGAGAUAUAACCAAUGUUAUUGAUACUGUCAAGAGAACAAAAAGAAUUUCUUUACGCACAAAUUCAAAGGAUUUGUUUACGAUAAAUAAUCUUCCAGCGACAACAUCGUCCCCCCAAAAAUACACACAGAAAGGAUAA